AUGGAGGACGUCCUCGAACAAAUCAACCAAGCGGCCAAAGGGGCCUUCCCGAACUCAAUUACCAAAUACAAAUCUGUCAAUGUGCUAUUGCUUUCCUGGGAAGACGAUGAUCUAGGGGUCGAAGGUGAUGUUCUGGAACUCAAAAAAUUGUUCGUAUCUGGAUAUGGAUUUGACGCUGAACAUUGGAAGAUACCUUCCAUGAAACCAGAUUUCAAGCUGUCGAGUAAGCUCCUCGAUUUUGUUACCACGCACGAAACACCCGACCCGAGGGACAGUCUCUUAAUCAUUUAUUAUGCGGGACAUGGCUAUCUAAACCCUCAGCGACAAUCCGUGUGGUCAUGCCGUUCUUGGAACCCUUACGAGUUUUCCUCAAAUCCUGUUGAAGUUGAACCGCCGAGUGUUGAGUGGCAUGCCCACGAAGCCAUAUGCAGUAAGGCUGAGAUGGAUGUUCUCUUCUUGUACGAUUGUUGUAGCGCAGCCGGAAGUGCUAGUAAGUUGACCAAAAAGGGUAUCAAGGAGGUUAUCGCCGCAUCUGGAUUUGAAACAUGGGCCCCGGGUGAACUAGAGCACUCUUUCACCAGAGCCCUCAUUCAGGUACUCGGAUCGUUGUCACGGGCUCGUCCUUUCACGGUGGCCAGCUUGCAUCAGCGGGUUCUUGAAAAGCUCCAGCGCUGGAGCCCUCAAAUUGAUGGCACGCAGUUCCGGACAGUUGCGAGCGACGGCCGCCUGACAGAUAUUGAACGAAGAAAGACGCCGGUACAUAUAGCGCUCAAUCAGCAACCUGAUUAUUAUCAUAGCAGUAUACAGCUUGUCGGACUGCUUGCACAACAACCUGGUGAUAGCUCUAUGAGAUCUGACGAAAGAUUUGCGCGCUGGAAAGACGGUACAGCAGAUUAUACAGAUGUGAUAAUAUCACUACGCAUUCAAGCGAAACACAAUCUCGAACCCGAGCAGAUAGCGGAAUGGAUAAGAGAUGUUCCUAUGCUCGCCAUGAGUAUCAAGGUGCACGCCGUGGUGCAUACAAGCGCUACGUUAGUCUUGCUUGCCAUUCCAGUCGCUGUGUGGGACCUUCUUCCAGCAAAUGUGCCUUGUUCAUUUGUUGGAUUUGCGAACACUUCGAACUUGAUGUUUGGAAAGGAGCAUCUUUUCAUUUGGGAUGAAGAGGAACGUAUGAGAUGGCAUUCUGAUUCGCGACAGCACUACCUGGUACACAAAGAUAGACCAUGCGCAACUGACAACCUUCGGAAGUGGUAG